AUGGGCAUCUCUCUCUCCACCGCACGCUACGUCGCGCCUGUUUCCUUCCUCAUCGAUUUCGCCGCUCAGCAGUAUGGCAUGCUUAGCACACCGAACAUGAAGGAUGUCCACGAUGCCAAUCUGUCCUUCUGGUCACCACAGCCCUUCUUCAUCGCCGGCUUCUUCUUCCCACAACAGCUGUUCCAGCUUGCCUGGCUGUGGCGCUUGUGGCGGUCCAACGACCAGUCUGCACUCGAGGACGGUGCUGUGAACACUAUGGUGGAUUUCAGCCCAUUCUACGCUGUGGGAAACAUUUGCAUUGCGAGCUGGAUGGUCUUCUGGAACGCAUCAGACCUGAAGACGAGCAACAUAUUCGUCAUCAUCAACUCCCUCGCACAGCUGUAUUACAUUUUUGGACGACUUCCGCCGAUGAAUCUGAACUCUACCAACUCCGUCUUGACACACAUUGUGAGCAAAACAUUUGCUGGAAUUGGUGUUCUGGAUCUGUUGCACAACGGUUCCGUUGCGUACUUUGUUCAUCAACAACCCUCGACCGUUGUCAAAGUCCUCACUGGCCUUGGUUUCGCGGGUCUCGCGUCCUGCAGUGACUGGAUCUUCGGAGGAUGUCUGGUAUAUGACCUCGUAGCCCUGGCAGUAGGGCAGCGGUCCUAUGGCAGUGAGAGCUGGGGCAAUCUCUUGGGCGUCUUUGCUGCAGGAACGGCUGCUAUUGUCGUGGCCAAGAAUCUAAUGAGGCCUCCUUAUAUCCGGUCGCCAAAGUCUGACUACCGCGCGCUGUAG